AUGGCCAUUCCCCGGGUUUUACUGGUAUCGGCCCUUGCGCUGCUGGUCCCAGUGACCGCUCAGCAGGGGAAGGACCCUCUUAAGGACUUUUGUAGGCGAUUUGGGCAUCAAACGGCAGUGAUUGAUAAUAAGUUGUUUAUCGAUGGCGGUUUCGUGAACUACAGCCCUCUCGACCAAAAUCCUGAAAAUUAUACCAACAGCCGAAUCCUCUAUGCCGACUUUGACGUCAACAACCAGGGCAUGCCCCAGGCCUACGCCAACCUCAGCAAACCCAGCGCCGUUCCCUCCGUGAAUGGCGGCAUCCUAUGGCCCGACACGGUGAACAAGAUCCUGUAUCAGUACGGCGGCGAAUUUGACGACAACGAUGACUCCUCGAACUUCACGUUAUGGAUGUACGACGCCCUCUACAACACCUGGAACAAGACCAAGGAAGACGACACACAGGACGGUAUUCAGCGGGCCAGCUACGGUGCUGGCGUCACGGUCCAGGACCGCGGCGUGGGCUAUUACUACGGCGGAUGGUUAAGUAAUGCCUCGGUUCCGGACUGGGGCGAUUCGGAUCCCAUCGCGCUCUCGCAUUUACUGUCGUAUAAUAUGUUAGAAAAUACAUGGACGAACUCUUCGGGGCCGGAUUCUGUCGGUCGCGCUGAAGGUGUCAUGCUAUAUGUUCCGGCGAGUGACGGCAUGUUGGUUUAUCUUGGGGGUGUCCAGACGCCGAGUAAGAAUGGGACCAUGACAGGCCAGCCGAUGAAUGAAAUUCUGCUUUACGACAUCGCUAACAGCAAAUGGUACACGCAAAAGGCGACCGGGGAGGUGCCCGAGCAGCGCAGACGGUUCUGCGCCGGUGUCGUCUGGGCGGAGGACCGAUCCUCGUACAACAUUUACCUCUACGGGGGAUUGGGAGUGCCAGGGGGUCUCGGGUUCGAUGAUAUCUAUAUUUUGUCGAUGCCGUCGUUUCGCUGGAUUAAAUGGUAUCCUCUCAGUCCGGGAGAGGGAUUUCCUCAUCACUCGCUAACCUGCGAUGUUGUAAAUAAUGCACAGAUGAUCGUCAUGGGCGGCACCUUCACCAACUCCACGUCCUGCGACGUCCCACCGAUCUACGGCAUGCACAACAUGGACCUAGGAAAGCAGAACUCCCUGAAACAAAAUUGGGCCUCCUUCAAUCCCAACCUGACGACCUAUAAAGUCCCGUCAGAAGUCACUGACGUGAUUGGAGGAUCCACAACCGGCGGCGCCAAAAUUAAAACCCCCUCCGGCGGCUUUAGCGACCGCGAUCUGCAACCCUACUUCGAACGCCAAUACACGCCCGCCACGCGGUCCCCAACCCGCCCCAUCCCCACGGCCACCGCACCAGCCGACUCAUCGUCCUCCUCUAAGAAGCCGGUCGGCGCGAUCGUCGGUGGCGUAGUCGGUGGCGUCGCCGGUGCCGCCAUCAUCGUCGGUCUCGUAUGGUUCCUCCUGCGACGCCAACGCAAGAAGAAGGCCGGUACUGCCGGCGCCACGCCCGUCCCGACCACCAGCGAGCCUCCCACGGCACUUUCAUCUCCCACGGCAGGCGGAUUCGGGUUCUCGGACCCUAAACACGUGGUGGCGGAUCCGUAUCCUCUGUUGGGAGAUAGUUACGCAUCGCAACAUACACACAACGAACAGCAGGGGCAGGGGGCCGUGGAGACGACGCAUCAGCGCUCACCGAGUGAGCUUGAACCCGCCCCGUUGGUCGAGCUGUCAUCCCCUGACGCGGAGGCCGUCGCUGCCUCGAGGGCCCAGUAUUCCGCGACCACCGUUGCCCCGGAGGGAUCUGCCCCCGGAGGAUGGUGGAAGCCAGACGGGAGUGUCGGAGAUUCGGGUAUGCAGCGGUGA